AUGUGCAAUUGCUGCAAAUGUAUUUUUAGCUGCUGGGAAGACUUUUAUUGGAAUUGUAUCGAGGAGAAGUUCUGUUUCGACGAAUCGUUAGUAAACUACGACCCGGAUGAGGAUGAGCAUGCGGCUAAGAGCAGAAACAAGAACGGAUAUUACGGUGGUGCGGCGGGUGACUCGGGAGAGAACAACAAUGCACCGAUCUGCCGGCAGCCGGGCGUUUCGUCCGGUGGAAGCAUUGCCCGCAACAUGUCCAUGAGCUCCAAAAUACACGAGGACGACCUGCGACGUGAGAUUCAAACCAACGUUCCAAUGCUGGCACCGGAAGUGAUGGCCAUCUUUGCUAAUUCGCAAAUUUUCCAGUCCAGCGCACCGCCGAAGCAGCAGACGUCAAAAGCGACCUCGCCGGCGUCGGUGAAGUUUGCCAUUUCCGAUUCCGGUUCACCGAUCGAGGUGACACCGGUGGGCAACACCGCAGGCAAACAGGGCAACGAUGAAACGUUGCGCGAGGAUGGCGCCGGCGGUCGGGAACUGAGCUCCGAUAAGCUGCUGCAGCGACUCGAAGGUACUACUACUACUACUACUACUACCAGCGGCAGCCUGUCAGACGAACGUGACAGCCGAGUCGUCGUUAUUCCAGCCAUCGUGGAGGAGGAAGACGUAUCAGACGAGCUGUCGGGUGAUUCGGAGGUCGUGUUGCGACCACCACGUAAUUUCUCCGACCUGAGCCUUUCAAAGUCGAUUCCCAGCAACAAGACGAUAGGCCUUCUGCAGGCAGAAAUGCCAUACUUUGCGAUCCGACCGGCUAGUGAGAAUGACAUAUUUACGAUAUCUUCCGGUGCUGGUGGUGUUAGCGGUGGCGGUAGUGGUGGAGCUGGUGGUGCCGGAGGUAGUACGUACAACUCUAUCAGUAUGACACCGGAGGUUCCGGCCAUCUCGUACUCGAACCUGCCGAAGAACUACCUAGAGACGCCCGUUAUCGAGAAGUACCGGGAAUCGGUCAGUCUGUACUCGAUCCAAACGGCCGGCAUUAACAGGCAGUCGCAGACGGAUGAUCUAUCGAUGCCGCGGUACUACGGCAAAUCGGACCUGUUUGUGUCCGGAAUAGAUCGAGCCAACAGUCGCAGUGCCGAUGCGGUAGAAGUAGACCAUUCGGAUGACGGAAGCGGUUCGCUGUCGCUUAGUAGCAGCUCGUUGGCGAAGGGACGCUCCAGAAAUGUGGAACGUAGCAAGCGCCUGAUGAAUCUACGCACUGCACUACCUCCGCUGAAUCUGGGACUCGUUCGAGGUAGUUCAGCAUCAAAUUUGCGCGAUCGGCGCGAAGAUCGCGAAUCACGGGAACGUGACAAAUCGACCAAACCGAAGGAAGGACUACGUGUUUAA